CAGCCACUUGCUUUCAUGGCUCAAUGUCCGGGUCUGCUUGAAACAUUUUCCAUAAAUAAGCAAAAAUUCAAUUUUCAUUGAAGUAGCCCCUUAUUUUAAUUUCAAUUUCUUGCACUCCUUUUGUUUUUUUUUUUUUUUUGGGGGUCUGCUGUCCUCUGCAGUACACUGAUUGACUGGCACCUUCUUUGAGAAGUUACUUCCUCACAUAGGCAACCAAACCAGAAAAGCAUCGCUCCUCACUCACUCACUUACUGCCGCAACACUUUGCUCUCAAGUUGUCUCUAUAUAACACCCACUUGGAGAAUUGCAAUCGCAAUGCAUUGCAUUGCUAACUAACAGUUUUUCUGUCUCUAUAGUCUCUCUAUUUAGUAUUUACUUGAAGCGAUCAUCUAGCUCUUCCUUCUUAAUCAGUUGUGAUGGAGCCUGUUAGCAUGAAUAUAGAUACCACCCAACAACUCCCUGCGGAUCCUCUCCCAUUUGCUAGAAGUUAUCAAUUGGAGGCUUUGGAGAAGGCGCUAAAGCAUAACACAAUUGUGUUUUUGGAGACUGGUUCUGGAAAGACUUUGAUUGCCAUCAUGCUCCUCCGCAGUUACGCUUAUCUUCUUCGCAAGCCUUCACGUUUUAUUGCUGUUUUCCUGGUUCCUAAAGUCGUUCUGGUUCGCCAACAAGCUGGAGCUGUGGAAAUGCAUACUGAUUUGAAAGUGGGCAUGUACUGGGGAGAAAUGGGAGUUGACUUCUGGAAAGCUGUUACAUGGAAGAACGAAAUAGACAAACAUGAGGUGCUUGUUAUGACACCUCAAAUUUUGCUUAAUGGCUUGAGGCAUAGCUAUAUCAAGCUAGAAUGGAUCAAGGUGAUCAUUUUUGAUGAAUGUCAUCAUACCAGUGGCAAACACCCUUAUGCAUGCAUCAUGACAGAGUUCUUUCAUUGUGAGUUAAAGUCUGGUCACCAUGAUCUUCCUAGGAUUUUUGGGAUGACCGCUUCUCCCAUAAAGUCAAAGGGUGCAAACUCAGAAUUACACUAUUGGCAGCAGAUUCGUGAACUUGAGGAUAUUAUGAAUUCAAAGAUAUAUACAUGUGUUAGCGAGUCUGCGCUUGAUGAAUUUAUACCAUUCUCAACCCCAAAGUUCUUAUUUUAUGAGCACAUGAAGAUCCCUGAUGGUAUAUUUGCUUAUUUACUUAAAGAAUUGGGGAAUUUAAGAGCAAAGCAUGAACACAUGCUUGAGCAAUUGGAUCUCAAUGAGUCCGCAGCAGUAUCUAUACGCAAUAAAAUAUCAAAAGUACAUUCAGCUUUGAUGUUUUGUUUGGAAGAACUUGGUGUUUGGUUGGCUUUUCAGGCUGCACAGUUCUUAUCACACUGUGAUACUGAUGGGGACUUUAUUUCAGGGGGUAAAUUAGAUGUGUCUGGUGAGACCAUUGUUAAAAACUUUUGCCAGGAUGCCUCGUUGGCAAUUUCUAAUUGCUUUUCAGCUGGUCAGGAAUGCUCCAUUAGGGAUAACAUUAAGGCCCAUUUGGGUGCUGGGCUUUUAACUUCGAAGAUUCUCUGCCUUGUUGAGUCACUUCUUCAGUACAGGGAUUUAAAGGAAAUAAGAUGCAUAGUUUUUGUGGAAAGGGUCAUUACUGCCGUUGUCCUUGAAUCUCUAUUGAGUAAGUUGCUUCCUAAACAUGGCAGCUGGAAGACCAAAUACAUAGCAGGAAAUAAUUCAGGGUUGCAAUCCCAGACACGCAAAAUUCAAAACGAAAUUGUGGAAGAAUUUCGUAAAGGCAUGGUGAACAUCAUCAUUGCAACAUCAAUUCUUGAGGAAGGAUUAGACGUGCAAAGUUGCAACUUGGUGAUUAGAUUUGACCCUUCUGCCACUGUCAGCAGCUUUAUACAGUCCCGAGGCCGUGCUAGGAUGCAGAAUUCUGACUACUUAUUAAUGGUGAGAAGAGGGGAUUUUUCUACACAUGCUCGACUAGAGAACUAUCUGGCCAGUGGUGACAUAAUGCGAAGGGAGUCUCUACGCCAUGCAUCCAUUCCUUGUUCACCUUUGCUGGAUGAGUUGGAUGAUGAGUUUUAUCGUGUUGAGGGCACCGGGGCAGUUGUCAGUCUAUCUUCAAGUGUUAGUUUGAUAUACUUUUAUUGCUCACGUCUUCCUUCUGAUGGGUAUUUUAAACCAGCUCCCAGGUGUAUUAUAGACAAGGAGACAAUGACUUGUACACUACAUCUUCCAAAAAGCUCUCCUGUACACACUAUUUGUGUGCAGGGAAAUAUUAAAACUUUGAAGCAGAAGGCAUGCCUUGAAGCAUGCAAGAAACUUCAUGUUUCUGGUGCUUUAACAGACAAUCUUGUUCCUGAUAUUGUUAUGGAAGAAGCUAUUGCUGAAGACGUUGGGAAUGAGAGGUAUGAUGAUGAACAACCCAUUUAUUUGCCACCUGAGCUGGUCAGUCAAGGUCCACGAAAUUUGAAGACGAAGUACCACUGCUACUUAAUUGAGUUGAAUCAGAACUUUGCUUAUGAUAUUCCUGUCCAUGACGUGGUGCUUGUCUUGAGGACUGAACUUGAAUCUGAUGUCAUAAGGAGCAUGAGUUUUGAUUUAGAAGCUGAGAGGGGCUUAUUGACAGUGAACUUGAGGUAUAUUGGAGAUAUUGAUCUUGAACAAGUGCUGGUCCUCUUAUGUAGGAGGUUUCAGAUUACUCUUUUCAAAGUUCUUUUGGAUCAUAGUGUAAAUAAAUUGAAAGAGGUCUCAGAAGGAUUAGACUUAGGGUCAGGUGCCGAGAUAGACUAUUUUCUACUUCCUGCUUUCAGGUCAUGCUCACAACCUUCCAUCAACUGGACACCUAUUAUUUCUGUGUUGUUCUCAUAUAAAAAUGAGGACCACUUCAACUGUUCUCGGAAUGGCAAUGCUCAUGUUGUCCAAACCAAAUGUGGUCCAGUUUGCGCAUGUGUGCUUCAGAAUUCUUUGGUCUGCACCCCCCACAAUGGUAACAUCUAUUGCAUCAUGGGUGUUUUUGAGGAUUUGAAUGGAAACUCGCUUUUAAAGAUGGGAGAUGGAGGGGCUAUCACUUACAAAGAGUACUUUGCAAAGCGGCAUGGCAUCCAAUUGCUUUUCAAUCGAGAACCAUUACUUAAAGGGAAACAUAUUUUUCCAGUGCACAAUCUUCUUAACAGAUGCAGAAAACAAAAGGAGAAAGCAUCGAAGAAUACACAUGUAGAGUUGCCUCCUGAACUUUGUGAAAUAAUUUUAUCUCCAAUAUCAAUCAGUACUCUUUAUUCUUAUACAUUUAUCCCAUCAAUAAUGCAUCGACUUGAGUCUCUGCUCAUUGCUGUCAACUUAAAGAAGAUGCAUUCAGAUCAUUAUCUGCGAAAUGUUAAUAUUCCAUCCAUGAAGGUAUUGGAAGCACUUACUACAAAUAAAUGCCAAGAGAAUUUUAAUUUGGAAUCAUUAGAAACUCUAGGAGAUUCUUUUCUUAAAUAUGCUGCAAGCCAGCAGCUAUUUAAAAUUUAUCAAAAUCAUCACGAGGGCCUUCUUAGUUUUAAGAAGGACAAAAUUAUUUCUAAUGCUGCACUUUGCAGAAGAGGAUGUAACCACAAACUUCAGGGAUUUAUCCGCAAUGAAUCUUUCGAUCCAAAACUCUGGAUAAUUCCUGGUAGCAAGUUGGGUAGUGACUUUUUAAGCGAGGAGCCACUUUCUGAGGGCAGGAAAAUUUACAUCAGAGGAAGAAGAAAGGUAAAAAGUAAAACAAUUGCUGAUGUUGUCGAGGCACUCAUUGGUGCAUACCUCAGUACAGGCGGUGAAGUGACAGCCUUAUUAUUUAUGGAUUGGAUUGGUAUAAAGGUGGAUUUCAUGAAUACACCAUAUGAGAGGCAAAUCCAAUUGCAGGCAGAGAAGUUUGUUAAUGUCCGCUACUUAGAAUCACUGUUAAACUAUUCAUUCAAUGACCCUUCUCUCUUAGUAGAAGCAUUGACCCAUGGUUCUUACAUGCUUCCUGAGAUCCCAAGAUGUUAUCAGCGACUGGAAUUUCUUGGAGACGCAGUGCUGGAUUAUCUCAUCACUUUGCAUAUGUACAAGGAAUAUCCUGGGAUGUCACCAGGACUGUUAACUGACUUGAGGUCUGCUUCUGUAAACAAUGACUGUUAUGCACAAUCUGCUGUUAAGGUAGGCUUGGACAGACACAUUCUUCAUGCCUCUCAUGACCUUCACAAGCAUAUCGUCGCCACUGUAACAAAAAUUCAGGAAUUUUCUUUAGAAUCAACUUUUGGAUGGGAAUCCGAGACAGCUUUUCCCAAGGUACUUGGAGAUGUUAUAGAGUCGUUAGCUGGGGCUAUUCUUGUUGAUUCAGGAUACAACAAGGAGGUAGUCUUUGAAAGUAUAAGGCCACUUUUGGAGCCUUUAAUUACUCCCGAGACAUUAAGAUUGCAACCUGUUAGGGAAUUGAUUGAAUUAUGUCAGAGGCAACACUUUGAUUACAAGAAACCCAUUGUUUCUCGGAACGGCAGGAAUGCUUCUGUCACAAUAGAGGUUGAAGCUAAUGGUCUGAUAUUUAAACAUACAGCUACAGUUGCAGAUAAAAAGACAGCCAAAAAACUAGCUUCAAAAGAAGUCUUGAUGGCCCUGAAGGAAAGUAAUUUAGCGACUAGUACCGCAAGCAAAGUUGAGUAAAUCUUGUCUACUUUGGAAAUUUUGAAGUUCGUAUCAAGCUGGAUAUCUGCUUUGGUAUAGCUGGAGGAUUUUGUAUAUUUUUUGUUAGCAAAAGUUAAUGCAUGUAGAAAUUAAAGUAAAAAACUUUACAAAGAGAUUUUCGAGUGAUGCAUGAUGCCUUCUCUCGUCAUGAAAGCAGCCAGCUUAAAAGAAACAUUGCAUUAAUGCUAUUUCUAUUUCAAAGUGUUUUGGUAUUUGUAUA